GCGUGAACGGCGCGCGAGGGCUUCAUUUUUGUGUUUAUCACGCAGGGAAGCAAGCCACCUUCAUCUGAGCAUGGCGAAUAAUAAUCCACCCGUGGGCUGGUCCAUUUAGGCUACGAGUACAAGCUGUGUGGAUAGUAAGGAUCGAGUGAAAAUCCGUUGAAAGAUGUCCGACGUUUGCACUUCUGAGUCUGCUGGAGCCAUAAGGGCCAUUGACAAGCACUCGGUGCACCAGAUCUGCUCAGGACAAGUAGUUCUGAGUUUGGCCACAGCUGUCAAAGAGCUGGUGGAGAACAGCGUCGAUGCGGGAGCAACCAGCGUUGAUGUCAAGCUGAAGGAAUGUGGUGCCGAACAAAUAGAAGUGUCUGACAAUGGGCGAGGAGUCGAAGAGGCUAACUUUGAAGGACUCACACUAAAGCAUCACACAUCAAAGCUGAAGGAUUUCUCAGAUCUUAUCCAUGUGGAAACGUUCGGCUUUCGGGGUGAAGCCCUGAGCUCUUUGUGCGCUCUAAGUGAUCUCAGUGUGGUUACGUGCCAUGGUUCCAGCCAAGUCGGCACCAAAUUGGUGUUUGACCACAAAGGCCACCUGGUGCAGCGGUCCCCCUGUCCAAGGCAGCCCGGCACCACGGUCACUCUGCAGCAGCUUUUUCACACUCUGCCUGUUAGGUACAAGGAGUUCCAGCGUAAUAUCAAGAAGGAGUAUGCUAAAAUGCUACACGUGCUGCAGGCCUACUGCAUCAUCUCUACAGGCGUGCGUAUUACCUGCUCCAACCAAAACGGGCAGGGAAAGCGCAGCACUGUCCUCAGCACCAGCGGCAGCCAAAGUAUGAGAGACAACAUCGGAGCCAUAUUUGGACCAAAACAGCUUCAGAGUCUUCUGCCUUUCCAGCAAGUAUCUCCUGCAGAGAAUAUUAUGGAAGAAUAUGGACUUAAGGAUGGAGAUUUAUCCAAACCGCUGUUUUCAAUCACAGGCUUUGUUUCCACUGGGGACCACGGCGUGGGGCGAAGCGUCUCAGAUAGGCAGUUCUUCUUCAUCAACAGCCGCCCCUGUGACCCCAUUAAGGUCAGCAAACUUGUGAAUGAAGUCUAUCACAUGUAUAACAGACACCAGUAUCCAUUCAUUGCCCUGAACAUAACUGUUGCCUCAGACUGUGUGGAUGUGAAUGUAACACCUGACAAACGGCAGAUUUUCCUACAAGAGGAGAAACUCUUACUUGCCAUCCUUAAGACUUCUCUCAUCGCUAUGUAUGAAGGUGGAGUUAAUAAGAUCAGCCUGAACUACACACCAACACCGACAUCUGCAUCUAAAGAAGUUCUCUUUUCUGGUGAAAACAAGGCAGAAGCUGUAGAAAACAACCGACAUGUGACUCCAAGUCCAAAGCCAGCCAUGAACCUGGCCGCCCUUAAAGCUGCCUUUUCAAACCAGAACAGCGCCCCCUCUGGGAGUAAGACAAGCGUGCAAAAAGGUUCAUGCAGCAGGCCGAGCCAGAAAACACUGCAGUGUUUCUUUAAGGACUCUGUUAAACCUGCCAGCACCCCAUGUGUGAAGUCGCCCGUACGACCCAAACCAGACACACCUGAACGCAGCACAGAGGGAAGGUCUGUGCUCGAUGCGUUCAGGUUUGGAGGGGUGGCAGUCAAGGAUGAGGAGUCUGAUAAAGACAGUGCUGUGCCCAGUGGUGACUUUGCAGUAGAAACACCAGGUCUGCAGAAUUCAGACUCCUCUGAAAAAGCUUCUGAGAGCGUAGAAAAUGUUUCAUCUAUAAGCCAAAAUCCCCCUGAGGAGCUAGAGUUACAGACAGAAGCAUCUUCAUCUGUUCAGGACUUUAAUAUUAGCCCUGAGGCUAAAAGAGCCAGAACGGAUGAUCCACAUUUCACUGCGGAACACAUAUCUGACACCCAUUCAAAAGACUCAGAAACACCUUCUUCCAUGGUGGACGCCCCUGUCUGUAUACAGAGGAGGACCAUGCCUCUGCAUUUCUCUCUGCAAGACCUGACAGCAAGCAUGAAGAGGCUGCAGGAACAGCAGAGACAGAGGGCCGGGGAGAAGCUGCAUUACAGACGCUUCAGGGCCAAGAUCAACCCAGGAGAAAACCAAAGUGCAGAGGACGAGCUCCGGAGAGAGAUUAGUAAGGAAAUGUUUAAAGAAAUGGAGAUCAUCGGUCAGUUUAACCUGGGCUUCAUCAUUACCAAACUGAAGUCGGACAUCUUCAUGAUUGACCAGCACGCAACCGAUGAGAAAUACAACUUUGAGAUGCUGCAGCAGCACACUGUGCUCCAAGGACAGAAACUCAUUGUCCCACAGAAGCUUCACCUCACCGCCGUCAGCGAGAAUGUGCUCAUAGAGAACGUUGAGAUUUUCCAGAAGAAUGGCUUUGAGUUUCUGAUCGAUGAAGAUGGUAGGACCGUUGUCAAGGAUCUCCAGGCAGGAACGCUUCUUUCUGCAUAUUCUUACUGUCGUCUCACUACCUCAGCUCAGGUGAUGGAGAGAGUGAAGCUGGUCUCUUUGCCCACCAGCAAAAACUGGACCUUCGGCCCUGGAGACGUUGAAGAGCUGAUCUUCAUGUUGAGUGACAGCCCGGGCGUCAUGUGCCGCCCCUCCAGAGUCCGGCAGAUGUUUGCUUCCAGGGCGUGUCGGAAAUCAGUGAUGAUCGGCACAGCUCUGAGUGUCAGCGAGAUGAAGAAGCUCGUGACCCACAUGGGCGAGAUUAAGCAUCCAUGGAACUGUCCUCAUGGCAGGCCCACCAUGAGACACCUCGCCAACCUGGAAAUGAUCUCACAGGACUGAGCCCAUGCAUAAACCAAGAGCUUUCUGAUACUUUCACUUUAAACCAACAGUUCUUUCAUAGACUACCCCCAUACUUUUUGUAUUGUUUCAAUUACUGGUAUUUUUUUCUUUUUUAAGACCAGUGUUGAUAUAGUUUGAUUUUUGUAUAUAAAGAAAUAAAACCCAAUAAACAAUGUACCUGGCAAUGACAUGCAUCCUGUUUCUGUUAAACUGAGAUGACACAACGACGACGUAUUGUUCUUGCUAAAAGAAAAUGUGAAUACAGGUGUGUGUUUCUGACUGUGUCUUGUCAGAGAGACAACAGGAAGGAUCGGAGAGAGUAUCUAGGUGCUUUUGAACUUGAAAGGGUAAUAACCUAGUCAUUCCUCAGUGAGAGUGAUCAUUCACAAGUGCAAAACGUUCUGGAUGAUUAUCAAUUGAAUGGGGCAGAUUAUGCCCAAGGUAAGACGAAGAAAUGCUGAUAUGAAAUAGAAUCUGGAGCUGCAUCUCAGAUAUAUAAGCCUUAGCGUGUUAAAGUUAUUGACAGGAGCGUGUAAAAGACUGAACAGAGUGGUUGGAAAGGAUUGCCAGUAUGGCCCAGUCCCAAUACUCGCACAACUUUGUCCUUCCCGCUGAUGGAUUCGCCUGAGCAGUUUGUCUCGAUUCUCUGGAGUGAUAUUUCACCCACCCUCUUUGCGCUCUCGGCCAACACUUAGGCCAAGCGUGCAUUUUUCAAGAAAAGAAUGGGGUUAUGGUGAUCGAGCUAUAACAUUUUAACAGCCAACUAUGUUGUGAAUUAGGUUUGAAUGUAAAAGACCUUUACAUUUAAUAUGGUACUGCCACCUUAAAUACAUGACUGAUGUCCAGCUAACGUUUCUUAAAAUGCAUACAAUCGCUAUUUUUGCUUAUAACAAUUUUACUUUUUUUCUUUUAUAGGAAUGUAUUAAAUUAUUUUGAACUUCCAAUCCAAUUUAAUGCUUAUUUUAAGGAAGCAUAAAACACUACAGUUUAAAUACUAACAUAUGUAUUUAUCUUGCACUGAAAUAAUAUAAAUUAUGGAAUUGGGGGUGGGUGAAAGAAGGAGAACGCGUGAUAUAAGUGCAAGAGAGGACCUUAGGGAAUGGUGUGGGAACGAGAGAACGAUGAGCAGAGCCUAGCUGCACAAUUCUCUAAGGCAAGCAGAUAAAAUACUAGAUCUGUUUGGGAGACUAGUUGACGACCAUGCCAAGUAAAAAAGUGUUCCCUAAAUAAUAAGCAGCUGGUUUAAUUUUAUUCUGUCUGCUUUGUUGAAUUUGUUUGAUGAAUGCAAGUUAAAAUGUAGGAAUGCAGAAAUUAUAUUUUGCACGUCAAUUUGUUUUAUGGCUGUGUUUCCGAAAAAAGUGAGCUAGCAACUAUGCUUCCUGUCAGCUCUGCUUUUCUUUACCUCACAGCAUCUGCUAAUGAAGUUGUAAAAAUACAAUAAACAAAUGUUUAGGAAAG